ACAUAUCUUAUAGACUAUAUACCAUUGUUGUGCGUUGACUGUACAAUAUGGACUACCUCAAAAUCGUGACGCCAUGUUGCCAUGGAAACUGAUUUACGCUACAGAGUCUGACUGGAAGAAAACAGUCCCAGAUAUUUAGGAGUUUCAUUUCAGCACCCGAAGCUUGAACAGCGAUUGCGCACGGAACUUCAGCUUCGGUCUUACCUGACUGUGCCAAGAGAUCAACACCUGCGACUUUGAAGCCCUAUUGGAUCGUACCAGUCGGACAUUUCUUUGGCGUGUGCUUAAAAGUCUUGAUAUUCUGAGCUGGUGAAGAUGGCAGAGCUCAGCACUGACCGCCGAUUCCACAACCUGACCCAGAAGCAAGUCCAGACCUUAGACCAAGUCCUGACUGAGGUUAUCCCCAUUCACGGCAGGGGGAACUUUCCCACAUUGGAGGUGAAACCCAAGGACAUCAUCCAUGUCGUGAAGAACAGGCUAGUGAAGAGAGAGAUCAAGGUGAGGGAUGUCCGUCUGAAUGGCUCCACUGCCAGCCAUGUGCUGGUUAAGGAGAAUGGUACUAGCUACAAGGACCUGGACAUCAUCUUUGGUGUGGAGUUACCUAGGCAGGAGGACUUCCAGAUCAUCAAGGAAGUGGUGCUGGGCUGCCUGCUGGACUUCCUACCCCAAGGUGUUAACAAGGAUAAAAUCACUGCCCUAACCAUGAAGGAGGCUUAUGUGCAGAAGAUGGUCAAGGUCUUCAAUGAACAUGACCGCUGGAGUCUUAUCUCACUCUCCAACAACCGUGGCAAGAACGUGGAACUUAAAUUUGUUAACUCUCUCCGUCGACAGUUUGAGUUCAGUGUGGACUCCUUUCAGAUAAUCCUGGACCGUAUGCUUGAGUCCUACCUGGAGGCAGAGAGGAAGCAGGCGGCCCAGUGUCAUACGUGGGGAGAAGAAGCAUCUUCAGUCAAGAGCAGCAGUCAAGUGGCUCCAAAUGAGGAGUCCCCAUCCACCUCUCUUGACCAAACAAAACCUACAAACAAAGCCAUGUAUUUGCCAGCUGAAGGUCAGGACCUCCCAAGCCUGGAUGAAAGACCAUGUGAAAAUGAAGAGGUGGUUCUGCAAGAAGAUGAAUUGCCUCAACCAAUGGAGGUAGCAGCGGAAACAUUGGAGCUUGGGAAAGUGACAAAAAUGAAGGAGCCAGGACAGGACCUAGAGUCCCUGAAAGGAGCUGAAGUAGAGUUACAGGAAUCACAUGCAGAGGUACAGCUUGAUGUUUUACCCCUUUUAGAAAAAGGUGUUGAGACUUCAGUUCCUGAAGCACAUGGACAAACUGAGGAAUCUCUAGAAACAGUCAUACCACCAAGCUCAGAAACUCCAGCCCAUACAGAACUUUCCAGAAAUAGUGUCCAAGUUCAAAAACAAAGUCCAAAGGACACUCUCAAUGAAUGUCCAUCCUCCAUUGAAAGCACAGUUAUGGAAGAACCAGGAAGACUUACGGUACCAUGUGAUCACUCUCACCCUCAACCCUGCACAAUACUUACUGAAGAAGCCCAGAACUCACACCUUGAGUAUCCACUGCCACCCCCACCAAAGAAAACCUGCAAAAAAUCUAAAAUGGUUGUACUUAAGCAUUCCUCACCAAAGCCUCCUAGGAAAAUGUCAAAGAAGGUGAUCAAUACACCGUCCUCCCCUAAAAAAACACCUUUAAUGAAUGAACUCCCAAUUCUUACUAAUACCCUAUUAGAUCCUCCUAAAAUAAUUUUUAAAGCACAAUCAAAUGAAUCUAUGCCAAUAGAAGAGCUAAAUUGUAACAUAAUCUCACCACAGUCAAAUACUAACACUUCACUUGACAAAGAAUGUCAAGUCCAAACAGUAUUAUUCCAGAAUGAAACCUCUGUAGCCCAUGACACAGAAUAUCACAUUGAGACAAAAUGCUUACAAAACCAGGAACUAGAACCCGCCAGGAAUCAGGAUCCAGAACUCGCCAUGGAAAAGACAGUCCCUCAGCGAGCAGAGCCAGAAUAUGGGGACAAGCACCAAGACCCUGCAGAUCAGCAUCCAGACUUUUCUGCUCAACUAAUGGAUUCUCAGAAAGAUACAACACCAAUGAGCCAACCAGCACCGGGCCUGUCCCCACCCAGGGAGCUACCUACUAUCACAGUGGUGGCAGAAAGCAUGUACGGUGACUUUGAGCAGGCUAUGGAACACUUGCGCUACCGUCUGAUCGCAACACGCAACCCCGAGGAGAUCCGAGGUGGAGGCCUGCUGAAGUACAGCAACCUGCUAGUGCGGGAUUUCAAGCCGGCUAGCGAGACGGAGAUCAAGUCCCUGGAACGAUACAUGUGCUCACGGUUCUUCAUAGACUUCCCCGAUGUCCACGAGCAGCAGCGCAAGAUUGAGUCCUACCUGCGAAACCACUUCAUUGGCGAGGAGUCCAGCAAGUAUGACUACCUGAUGACUCUGAGGAGGGUGGUCAAUGAGAGCACUGUGUGCCUGAUGGGACAUGAGCGGCGGCAGACCCUCAACAUGAUCACUGUCCUGGCCCUCAAGGUUCUGGGCGAGCAGAAUGCCAUUCCCAACACCACGAACAUCACCUGCUUUUACCAGCCCGCUCCCUACAUGGCAGACCACAAUUUCAACAACUACUACAUUGCACAAAAUCAGCCAACCCUCAUCUACCACCCCUACCCACUGCACAUCCACAUGCAGACAGGCCUGGUGUAGCGUACAUCGUAAGUGGACAAUUGCAAGAGCCAGGAACAGCUGCACCAUUCGGAGACGACAGUGGCCACUUAAAAAAAGUAACGAAAACUAUGAGCAUUACAGAAAUCAGAUCAGAUACUGGAAAAGCAUCUUUUCCCUAAAUGCACAGAUGCAGGAGUGACAUGGGACUGGCUCAGGCUUAGGCCGCCACCAGAAAUGAACAAACUUACUGACUCCGAAAUCUCUGGCAGAUGCAAGUUAAAAGUGGAUGAAUAUGUGGGAAUGGAAACAGAAUGUGUAGCAAGCAGCAUGAGGCAAGAGUAAGCCAAGACAAGCGAGACCAAGAGGAGGGGGGUCCCUUAAAUCAAAAGUGACCACAAACUGAUGGUCAGCAUGACCAUAAAGGGACCACACACUGACGGUCAGGAUAACCACAAAGAGAUCAGGAUUGUGUCACAGUCCUUCCACGUGGUUCACCCAGGAACUGACAAUCAAAUCAAGAGGGUCCAUCCAAUUAGCAUUUCUCCUUUCAUUUCAUCCACUUAGAUCUACACUCUAUGCGGGGAAAAUGUGUGGGCUAGAAUGAUGUGUGAUUCAUUGUAUGUGGUCAGUCUGUCCCAUAAUACUGCAGGUCCAAGAGCAUCACUUCCCUUUGUUCCACGUGUCAAGAGACUGCCAUUCUGCUGCAGCUGUAUGUGGGAGAGCAGCAUUCAUUUAAAACAACACUUUAACUACAAAGUGCCAUAAAACUGCUGAAGGAAUUAUACUAAAGAACAGAAUAUUUCGCAUUUGGCUUUGCUGCACUAAAAGCCAAUGGCACACAAACACAUUAUAAAUUCACCAACAGACAGACACACAGACACACACACACACACACACACACACAUGCAAAUUGAAUGGGAAAUGUGGUCUCAUUUUUUGACCUAAAGUUUAAUUGCUUGUGCACGCAAACUGUGAAGUGUGCACAGCAGUGCUGGGUAAAUUGCUGGACACUUAGUAGAAUUACGCACUCAUAAAAGCUUGGGGAAUGAUCUCAGCAGGAAUUAGGAUAAGCAAAGUCGCAAUGACAUGCCACAAGUCUCAAUGAUUGUUAAAAACCCAGCCAGAAACAGGCUCGCUAUAAUAGACAGAGCCAGAUCUAGCGUUUUGGUGGCCCUAAGCAAGAAUGCAGCCACA